AGGACCGAUAAGAUACGACGUAUAAUCGGGAUCGAGGUUGUCACGCGGACAAGGAAGUACAAAGUUCAAUUAACAUUCGGUUGGAGAUUCUUGAUUUAUUUAUAAGCUUAUGCAUGGCUGUCCAAGGGAAGAAAGCACCCCAACCACAUUUGUCCUCCGUCAUUGGUUCUGAUGAAGACCUGGAGAUUUAUUGUCAACCAUGUGACUUUGAAAGGACAAAGGCUUCCAGCUCAUGGCUUUUGUACAGACUGCAAGAACACCUUUGCGAGACUUGCUAUAAGCUCCAUAAGAAACACAAAUUUUCUAGAAAUCAUACCCUUGUAGACAAAGACAACAUGCCAAAAAAACUACAUGUACCGUCAUCUUCAUCUGUACGUUCACAAAAAAUCUGAUGACAUAACCAAAGCUUGCUCGAAGCACCAAAAGGAAAUGAUCAAGUUUUACUGCCAUGACCACAAAGAGUUGCUCUGUAGUGUUUGUGUGACACUCCAACAUCCAGUUAUAUCAUGCAAAGUCGACUACAUACCUGACAUUUCUGGACUAUUUAUAAACAGCGAUGUCUAUAAUAACAUAUUAAGAACUAUAGAUAAAAUAUCUGACCAAUAUCAGAAGAUAUCAGAGGAUACAAAGAAGAUGACAGCAAAAUCUGAGAAAUCUCUGACAGAUGCCUUGGCAGAUAUCAAAAAGUUCAGAUAUGAAAUUAAUCAACGGCUAGAUGAGCUUGAAAGACAAGCGGAACAUUCUGCUAAAAUCCUCCAAGAAGAGAUUGAUAAUAACCUAAAGAAAGUGGAGAGAAACUGUGAGGAUGCAAAAACGUCUUUGAAGGUGGCGUCUGAUUUUAUUAAACAUCUUAACACAUCCAAACAAGAAGACAGAUUAUUCAUGGAAAUGAAGUUGGCAGAACAAAUGAUUGAAGAAUAUGAGGAUAAUGUUCAACAAGUAACAUCAUACAAAGUAGCAGAAUAUACGUUUCAAGCGAAUGAUGAGCUUUCAGACUUGGUAGUUAAGAAGGAAAUAGCACUUGGCACGAUAUCUAAGAACUAUUUGAAUAAGGCAAAGACUUCAUCGCCCGAUCAAGAUGAAGUUAGGCAAAUAAAAUUUCAGACGGAAAUUAAUGUGAAAACAUUGAAAGAUGAACAAAGGUGCUCAAUAUCUGGCAUGAUCGACUUUACUCCAGAUCUUCUUAUCAUCACAGACUAUAAUAACAAAGCUGUUAAAUUAGUUGACAUCAGAGGACAUUCUGUUGUAGAUCAAGUACAAGUUGAUGACUCCCCACUAGAUAUCACUUCAAUAACCGGUACUGAACUUGCUGUCACAGUUCCAAAUGAAGAAUCAAUUCAGUUUAUAUCAACAUCUUCAGGCAAACUAAAAAAGAAACAUAUUAUGAAAGUUAAUGGAAAUUGUUAUGGUAUAAGUUGUUACCAAGAUAGACUACUCGUGUCAUAUGUUAAACCAGCAAAACUCGAAAUUCUUGAUACCAAUGGAACUUUUAUAAGAACUGUCCGUACAGAAAAAAUCUUCGGCUUUCCUUUAUAUGUCACCGUUAACAAUGGUUUGAUUUGGGUAUCAGACUGGCAUUUGAAAGCAAUUACAAAAUUAAACUGGCAGGGUAAAGUGGUUGGUAGUUAUGGUAUGAAUGAACCUUUCGGAUUUACACUGUCAGAUAAAGACACACUAUAUGUUUGUGAUAAAGCGAAUGAAACAAUAGAAGAAGUGUCAGGAGACUGCUCUAAAGGAGGCAUCCUCUUGAAAGAUUUAAAAAAACCAAAAGCUGUCUGUUGGUGCGGAGAAACAGAUAUGCUCUACUUUAGCUGCAAAACGGGUGAAGCAAAGUACGACAACUAUUUACAAGUUCACAAGUUGUCGUAAAAUAUUCAUGAAAUCACUGUAAUAAAAAAGUACUGUUUAAAACAGCAACAUUUAAUUUCUUUCAAAGUAACCAUGAAGUACAGUUUUUAUAUGUGUGUACGUAUAUUAUUCCUAUUGAAGGUAAAAUACAUAAAUAAGCCAUGUUCAAUUACAUUCGAUUUUAUUUCUGUUUUUUUUUUUAAAUUGUACAUAAGACUUUUAAGAAUUAGAUAUAGUACUUGCAUUGACAACUUAUGAUUGAAAGCAAACGUAAAUAAUUCUGAAUAUACAUUUAUCUAUAAAUUCUACGGUGUAGAUUCUAUAUUACAUUCAAUGCACCUGUGAGCAUAUUACAAUUUAACGUAUUUCUAUAUUUUUGACUCAUAUGUUACUCAUAUGUAACUUGUUUUAAUUUCUAAAUAUCUACAUGUGUAUUUUCAUUAUGUAUACCAACAACUUGGAUAUUUAUCAUGUCCACAGCAUUUAUAAAUCUCACACUUUGAAUAUCUAAAUGUCAAACUUGCGGUUGACCUUUGUCUUUGGAAAUGCCAUCCCUAACAACAUACACAUGAACAUUUUAGACACCCCUUAUUGAGUCUUACUUUUUCAUUUCUAUUUAUAUAUUUGAUGUUGUAAUAGUUAAUGUUUCAUUUUGUGUAAUUUGUUGUAAAAUACAUUUAGAUGUGCAUAUUUACAGAACGUUAUUGUAAUUUCAUUUAAAAGAGGGUUUUUUAUCUUCUUUUUAAAUAUCGAAACAUAAAACAACAAAUUAAACACAUAGUGCAUGUGUAUUCUCAGUAUUACUGAAAAUCACAUACAUUUAUACUAAUAUAUAUACGCUUUGUUGAGUAAUUAAA